GUGAAAACCAGACGCGAGAGGGCAAAAGUGUUCUGCUGAUGUCUCGUCAUGUGACUCAUCUUACAGUACAGCCCAAAUCAACUCUGGUCUCCGUUGGUAAACCAGAAGAUGCUGAUCAUAGUUCACGUACUGCUCGUGCUCGAACUUGGAGGAUUCACAGCCGAUCCCAUCUUUGAGACACAGACUGUUGGUGUUGGACAGAAUGUGACUCUAACAUGUGAACGCCAGAAAACUUGGCAUCGCGCAUACUUACACUGGAUCAGACUUGUUUCUGGAAACUUUCCUGAAGUUUUAGGAGGAACAAGCGCCUUUGAUCUGGAGGAUUAUGUUGAGACUCGUCGCAUAACAGCAAAACAAGAGCCUGGAAAAUUUGUUUUGCAUAUUCUGGAAACACAGUUGGGCGAUACUGCAAUCUAUUACUGUAUAAAAGUGGUACAGUUAAAGAUGACAAUCUUGAAAGGAACAUUUCUGAGAAUUAAAGGACCAGAACCUGAUGUCACCGCUGUCAUUCAACUCCCUCCAUCUGAUCCGGUCCGUCCAGGAGACUCAGUGUCUCUGCAGUGUUCAGUCCUCUCUGACUCCCAGAACAAACCGUGUCCAGGAGAUCACAGUGUGUUCUGGUUCAGAGCCGGAUCAGAUGAAUCUGAGCCCAGUUUCAUUUACGCUCAUGGAAACAGUGGUGCUGAAUGUGAGACGAGUCUCGAGGCUCGAUCUCCACAGAAAUGUGUCUACAGCUUCUCUAAGAACGUCAGCUCCUCUGAUGCUGGGACUUAUUACUGCGCUGUGGCCACAUGUGGAGAGAUUCUGUUUGGAAAUGGAACAAAACUGGACAUUGAAGGAACCAGUUCCUCGGCACUGUCACUUGUUUAUCUGCUGUGUGCUGUCUUGGCUAUAAGUCUGGUUGUUGUAGCCUUCCUCAUUUAUCUUUACAACGCUGCUGUUGCCGGGCAGAAAAUCAGUGGUGGUCAAAAAACACAACAGACAGAUGUGGACAUGAGACUUUAUUCUGCGGCUGUUUUCACCGUGAUGAAAACUGACAGAGGUGUGAUGAAGCAUGCAGAAGCAGCAGAGACAGAGAGGAUCUACUCUGCUGUCAAGACCUUUGGGUUGGAUCAGUGACUUAAAAUGACGUGUUUGGUUGAUGUCAGUCCAUUUAGAGCUCAGUGGGUUUAUGUACAGUAGCUAGUAGAGGCUGUUAGGUAAAGCUUAUAUACACGUUACACCUCACUGUCUCUCUGAGUGGAAACUACUGCAGGCAGGAGUGAAACGUGCAAACUGAACCCAGACAGUAUUUAGUUUCACUCUUCAUGUGAACAGUGGUGGACAGCUUGUAGUUUUAAUCUGUCCCUCAGUCACUGUUGUGUCUCUUUCAUACAAAUGUACAAUGUUACAUUGCAGAAUAACUGGGCUGAUGUAAAGUUGAAGAUAUCAGCCUGGAGACUUUGUUGCACGCCAUGUUUAAUCUCUCUUCAGUCAUUUCUGUACUAUUGAAUCAGUACUAUUGCUUGAUCAGAUUGGUGUUCUGUUUUGGUUGUUGUUGUUUUUUCUUCUUCUUCUUUUUUUAUG